CACUGGGGCUAGCGCUAGUUCUGCCCCCAGGCCACCUCUGCCGGGUACUUCGGGACUGACCGCUCUGCUGCUUUCCCAGCGCAGCUGAAGAUGUCCAGGAAGCCGGGCGGCUUUUUGCAGGAGGCUUCUCACCAGAUCACGGCCGGCGGCUCAGCGGGUCUUGUAGAAAUUUGCCUCAUGCACCCUCUUGAUGUAGUGAAAACCAGGUUCCAGAUUCAAAGAGGGAAAACUGAUCCAACCAGUUACAAGAGCUUGGGGGACAGUUUUAGGACUAUUUUCCGGACUGAAGGAUUGUUUGGUUUCUACAAAGGCAUACUCCCUCCUAUCAUGGCCGAAACACCCAAAAGGGCAGUGAAGUUUUUCACCUUUGAACAAUACAAGAAAUUACUAGGACAUGCUUCACUAUCACCAGGAUUGACGUUUGCUGUUGCUGGUCUGGGAUCUGGAUUAACAGAAGCGGUUGUGGUUAACCCUUUUGAAGUAGUAAAGGUUAGCUUACAGGCAAAUCGGAAUGCUUUCACAGAGCAACCAUCAACCUUUGUCCAAGCACGGCGAAUUAUUACAACUGAGGGCUUAGGAUUCCGUGGACUCAACAAAGGCCUCACUGCAACAUUGGGCCGCCAUGGAGUUUUUAAUAUGGUUUACUUUGGAUUCUACUUCAACGUCAAAAACAUUAUUCCAGUCAAUGAGGUAAGUGCUUUGAACUGUAUAAAAGACAAAAAGAUAAUCAUAAACAGGGCAAUGUUUUUGGCUUUGUACAAAGGGUUGGUUCCCAAGAUCAUGAGGCUUGGCCCAGGUGGUGCAGUGAUGCUUUUGGUUUAUGAAUAUGCUUAUGCAUGGCUUCAGGAGAACUGGUGAUCAGAAGUACUGCUUCUAAAACAAUGUACUAUUUGAAAUUAUGUACCUGAUAUGUAACAUGUUAUGAUAUAAAGGACAUGAGUAAAGCAAAAUA